AAAGCCGGGAAGAUGUCCUCGCCCUCGUCCCGCUCCUGCAGUGAGUGGCUCUAUUCAUAAAAACGGAACCUGGAACGGCACUCCCCGGGGCGAAGGUGGUAUCAGUACAUGUCGUGGGGCCAGAGAAGCUAGAUCCAGGUAUUGCAGGGAUGCAGCUGUUCUGCAAAUCUAUGGUGUAAACUGGUUCCCCACGUGCCAACCUGUUUUGAGCUAGAGCAGCCGCCCAGUCAGCCCAGCCGUUGCCUUGGAUAUGGCCACUAACUUUUCCUUCUCCAGGACUCGGCCUCGGGAAAGGUUGUGGGCAAGGCUAUGAGGACUGUCCCUUUUCUCCCAGGCUGACUCGGGAUAUCCCGGAGUCCCCGGAGAGGCUGCCACUCUGACGUCUGGGGAGACAGGCCCUAAGCCCCUGCUGGCUAUGAAGAGUGACUUCUCGACACCUGCAGCCCCCCUUAGGGGGCUCGGGGGGCCCCUGAGGAGCAGUGAGCCUGUGCGUGCCGCCCCAGCCCCGUCGGCAGCCGUGGUUCUGCUGGAGGAGGCGGCAGACCUCUUAGUUGUACACCUGGACUUCGGGGCGGCGCUGCAGACCUGUGAACGCGCCUUGCCGAGCUUGGCCAACCUUGACGCGGGCACCUCCUUGGAGGUGAAGUGCUCCCUGUGUAUUGUGGGGAUCCAGGCCCUGGCAGAAAUGAAUCGGUGGCGGGAAGUCCUGUCCUGGGUUCUUCAGUAUUACCAGGUUCCUGAAAAGCUACCCCCCAAAGUCCUGGAGCUAUGUGUUCUUUUAUACAGCAAAAUGCAAGAGCCUGGAGCUGUGCUGGAAGUGGUCAGUGCCUGGCUGCAAGACCCAGACAAUCAGGACCUUCCAGAAUACAGAGCCUUGGCAGAACUUCACCUACAGCGGGUGCUGCUACCCCUGGGCUGCUUGUCAGAGGCUGAGGAGCUAGUGGUGGGCUCUGCAGGCUUCAGUGAGGAACAGCAGCUGGACGUACUCCAGGCCAUUAGUAAGGCAAGGCAACAGCAGAAACACCAACGCUUGGGCUCUGAGGAGGCCCAGAAGCUGAACCAGGAAGGCUCCUUCUCCCACAAGUUCCUGUCACUACUGAUGUUGCUCCGCCGGCUUUGGGAUUCUACAGUGAGCCACUUCUUUUCCCUGCCCUUCAAAAAGAGCCUCCUGGCUGCCUUGAUCCUCUGCCUCUUGGUGGUAAGGUUUGAUCCAGCUUCUCCUUCAUCCUUGCCCUUCCUCUGCAAGCUGUCUCAGCUCUUCCAUCGGAUUCAGGAAGCCAUAUUUUCUCUCUACCGGCUUCCUAUCCAUGACUGAGUGGUCUUUCCCAUUCACCUCAACCUUGCUAAUCCCCAAGUUUGCUGUGACAGAAGCAGAGUAACUCAUCCACGGCGUCCUGUUUCCUGUUGCUGGCUGGGCCCCCAUAGGAGUGGGGCCAGCCCGAUUCUAGAAAGAGCUGAUCCAGUAUGGUGAACUGUGUUUUGCCACCUGAAUGUUUUCCACUUUGCACCCUACUUUGGCUGAUGUUGGUAGGAAAUGUGGAAACAAAGGGGGCCAGAGAGCUCAAGUCCUCCAGAAUAGUAUUCCCUUUUGCCAGGGGCCCCUCAUAAAGGAGGGGUUUGGGAAAGGAGACUGUAUCCAUGAAAUAUUCCAUCUUCUUGGCCAAGGCAAGGGGUUGAUUUUUCAGGUCAGCAGGUUAAUGAAGCUGGAAGUUCAGAAAACUCUGAUGGAAUGACCCUUGGCCUUUUACUUUCUUGAAAAACUUACCUUUGAGAUUUGCUUCACAGGGCAGGUCCUUAAUUAGGCAGAGUGUGAGGAUCUGAGAGGGCCUUUUGCUUGUCCUCUAUGCUCCUCUCCACAGAUCUGGUCUAAUUAUUCCUGUGGUUUUGCAAUGGGCUUGAAGCUGCAUGGGCCCUCUCUUUUUAGACCAGGACAUGGCUUUCAGAACCACCCAGGUCACUAUUGAAAGCAAAGUAAGGCUGCUCUGCCCUUCUCACUGGGGAAAAUGAUCCUGCUCGGUGCCUCUUGGGCUUCAGCUCAAUUUUCCAGGUUGUCAGUGGCCAAGUCCUGCUCUAUUACACACUCAGCAUUCCUGUGCUCUCUUUCUUCCUGUCAGUCCCUUCCGCCUGCUCUGCAAUAGUAUUUUUGUACUUUGUCUGAUGGCUGUUUUACCAGGUUCUACCUGUAUCUUUGGUUCCUCAGUACAUAUUGUUGCUGGUCCGCCAACCCCUUCUAUGUCCUGUUGUUCUAAUUAUAUUUUAUUGUUUGUAUAAUGUAGAAGUCUUUCUGCUUGUGUGGCCUUGAAAAGUAGGUUAGCCUUAGAGGCCGAUGAGCUGAAAAUGGAACUGGGUAAUCAGGUGAGCUGGAAGGGAUAUGUGGAGGGAGUUGUGCAGAGGGAAGACAUGGGUUUUGAAGGCAAUGAACGAUUUUAUUCAUUGUUAGGGGUAGGAGGCAUUGGAGCCAUAGCAUUUGAGUAUUUGAAAUGUUUCAGUGUUUUCUGUCACUGGCUGUGAGAAUCUUACAUGUGUCUGUGCAAGUAUAUGUACACAAUACUACACUGUCAGAAUUAUGAAAGGCUUCCUGCAGGGGUUAGCCUUUCUGAGGCUGAAGUCCAAACAAACCAUUCCUUCCUGGGGCUCUGGGCAGUGUUGAUGCCGGAAUAUAGGAUUUGCGUUUAGUAGUUUUCCAUAGGUUCCUCUUCAGGAGUUCCAAGUCAAUAACUUCUCUUUAGUAAAAUGGGUAGACUAAGUAAACCUCACAGGUCAUUGGGAGAUAAAUCCCUAGGGUGUGUCCAACUCUGUAGGAAACAAAUCUGUGCUUUUAUGUUUGGGCUUUUAAAUAGUUAAGACCCUUGGGGAGAGGAAAGGAGACAGGUGAGAUCUCUGUUGGAAUUAUUUCUGAAAAUAAAAAUCUGGUCCCUUUCACUACCCUAGAUAAAACUCUUUAAUGGCUUCCCAUGGCUCACGUGGGAUUUCUUCUUAAAUUUAAAUCCCCUUAUGCACUAGUUUUGGCUAACACCUCCUCUUUCAUGUGGGGUCUCUGUUCCUUACUCACACUGCCCUCCAGCUGCUGAGCCAGUCACAGGUUUCUGAACAUUGCAUGCUUCCUCACACCUUGGCUCCUUCGGUUCCCUCUGGAAGGUCCAGCUCCCACUUUUUGGCCAGCUCAAUUCUAGACUUACUCAAGGGUUACCUUUGGGAAUCCUUUCCCUAUGUCCUCUGCUUCCAGGCCCCUAUCUCAUGUCCUUUCUGUGGUAGUGACCCUAUGGCCUUAUAAUUGUGAAAUCCUCUUGCCUCCAGUAACUGUGAGCCCUUUGAAGCUGGAGAGUGUGGCUUGUGGCAGUGUUUAAGAAUCAAGUUUGGAUUCCUGCUGUACCACUCACUAGGUGUGUGACUGUUGGAAAGUGACUUAUCCUUUUCAGCCUUAGUGUCCUCAUCUGUUAGUGAGUUAUUAUCUCAUAGGGACUUUUGGUGGAGCAAAUGAGAGCCUCCUUACCUAGUGCUUGGCACGCUGCCUCAAAUAAGAACUCUUGUGAGUGGUAGCUAUUUCUCCAUUGCUUAGCUGAACACCUGGGAAUUUGAAGGUAUUCAGAGGUGUUUAAACUAAUGAGCUGAUAUAGCUGCCAUGACCAAAUGUCUGUGUGCUUACAGUGUGUUUUGUAUUGUGAAAACCCUGAGUAAAAAGAAGACUCAACUAUGCCCAGUUCAUUUUUCUGUCUGUCCCCUGAAGUUCCUUCAUAUUAUUCUGCUUAUAGGCUUCUUGGUUCUCUGUUUUAUGUUUGUCUUGAACUCUGCAAUGUUGUCUGGUAACCAGCCCCAGCUACCUUCCCAGUCAGACGAGGAACUCAGAACCAAAACUGCUCUGAUGACUUUGACCUUUUCUAAGGAUGGAGGCUUGUAUUAAAUCAGUCUUCAACUUUGGGCUUAACGAGGUCAGAAAUGAAGAGAGGACAUCCUUGUUAGGCCUAUUCCUGUGCUGUCCAGUAUGGUAGCCAUUAGCCACGUGUGGCUUUUGAACACUUGAAAUAUAGCUGGUCCAAAUCAAGAUGUUCUGUAAAUGUAAAAUGCUCACCUGGAUUUUGAAGACUUAGUAUUAAAAAAAAGAAUGGAAACUCAACAAUUUUUGUAUUGAUUGCAUGUUGAAAUUAUAAUAUUUUGAAUAUAUUGGGUUAAAUAAAAUCUAUUAAAAUUAA